AUGUCAGGUAGUCUAUCUAGUCGAGUGAUGAACAUGAAGUUCAUGCAAAAAGCAGAAGACACCAAAACCAAUAAUAAUAAACAAGGACAAGAAUCAAAAUUACAUGAUAUUUCAGAAUGGGUACUACCAAACCUGCAGAAGAUACUUAAGUUGGCAGCAUUGAAAGCUCAAGUUGAAAAAGUAGGUUAUGGUACCAUAAUGAGUGAUAAAAAUUAUCGAACGACAAGACGAUCAUGGGGAAGUAGAUAUGAAUUGGAAGAAGUUACUGAUAAUAAUACAAAUAACAAAGAAGAAUUAAAUGAAAUACCCAGAAGCAGGGAUCAAGAUAUGAGUCUGCUAUGGCGAAAGAGGAAAGCAGAUCAUUCACCAGAUUCGAAAAAGAAGAAAAGAAUACUAUGA